AUGAGUCCUCCGAGCAAAACAAGGGUCUUGAUCUUGCCACCGGAUGGAAGCGGGGUCUCACGUGGGAAUCCACGACGUCGGACAGUCGACAAACAGGUCGACACCGGGAAAUGUAAUACAGGGACUAAGGCUAAAGCAAAAAAAUUAAUCAGAGUGGCAAAUCUCCUUCAAAAGCAUCCGUCCCAUCGAAGUUACUUUUCAGCUUCGGGUACAAUAUUGAUACCUUUUCUCAAAAACGCAAGAUUAGAGUUCCAAGCAAGACUGGCCACGAUACCUCAAACUUUUGGUAGCCUCAAUUAUCAUGCGAUCACUCCCUUAGAAAAAGCUGUUCACCCCAGUUUGCCAUACGGCUGUUAUAGGCAUGACAAUGGGAUCGGACAACUAAGAGUCUUAAAACACAACUCCAAUCCACAGCUAGAUGAAGUGUUAGGUUUGCAUUACAGGAACUUGAUCCUCUUCAUGCACAAGCUCUAUGAAGAAGCCUUGGAGAACUUGAGAAUACCUUUAGUGGACCAAGUAGAACAUCAACAAAAAAUGCUAAAUUGGCUGGAUGGAGAAAUAUUUGAUCAAGCUAGAGGUUAUCCAAUUUUAGGAAUCAUCACAGCGCCAUUCCCAAUUCGGGAUGAGGAUUUUCAGGAAAAAAAUAUCCGACCAGCUCAAGUACACCUACUAAGAUUCUUUUCCCAAGAUGAGGAUGCUCUUGGCCUCCUACCGGACACAGCCACCAAGCUAAUCACAGAAUUUAGACGCGAAAGUGAGUGGGAAGCAGACUCUAAUGUCGUGUCUGAAACUUGUUGCUGA